UAUGCUUAUGAAUAGGUCAUUAACGUAAGAAUAAAUUAGAGUUUAUAAUUAGGAUACUGGAAUAUGUAAGCAUUAACAUAAAUGUAAAAAGGUCGUGGAAACAAGAACCACUCUGGAUGAGAAUGAUAUUUGAAUGAUUAAAGUUGAAUCA